CCCUCCAUAUCAUGUGAUUCCGGUGUUCCAAUCCCCUCCCAAUCAUGUGAUUCAGGUGUUCCAAUCUCCUCCAUAUCAUGUGAUUCAGGUGUUCCAAUCCCCUCCAUAUCAUGUGAUUCAGGUGUUCCAAUCCCCUCCAUAUCAUGUGAUUCAGGUGUUCCAAUCCCCUCCAUGUCAUGUGAUUCAGGUGCUCCAAUCCCCUCCAUAUCAUGUGAUUCAGGUGUUCCAUCCCCUCCAUAUCAUGUGAUUCAGGUGUUCCAAUCCCCUCCCAAUCAUGUGAUUCAGGUGUUCCAAUCCCCUCCAUAUCAUGUGAUUCAGGUGUUCCAAUCCCCUCCAUAUCAUGUGAUUCAGGUGUUCCAAUCCCCUCCAUGGACACAGGUGUAUACAAUCAAGCCCCUAGGCAUGCAGACGGCUUCUACAAAC